CAGUGACGUGCAUUAUUCGCGAUCGGUUCGCGUGUAGACGCUGCUUCUGUAACGAUCUCUAGUGGACGAGGUACAUCAGACAAAAAUGGAGGACGAUGCUCACCGCAAAGCGGAAGAAGAGCGUCGUGCCAGGCGCAAGGCCGCGAAAUCUUCAAAGUCAGACGCUCAACUAGAAAAGGAACGCAAACGAAAAGAGCACAGUCAAAAGAUCUUACAACGGCAGAGCGGAGACGCAAAACGGCAGAAGACAACCAAGGCAACCGUCACCUUUUCCAAACUCUUGGAACAGCGGACGCAGGGUUUUCAGAUUGAAUUCGCCUUCCGCAAUGCACCACCCCGACCUCCGGUGGGCCCCUGUUUUGUUGGUAGGACUCUAGAUGCAAUCAUGUUGGAGGAGUCUCGUGUUUACAAGGCACGCAACGCUGUCGAAGUUAGCCACAAAUGGAAAUUGCACGCGGAAGUCGAUUUGGGCGUUCCAAUUGCACCGUCUGCGAUGGAUGUAAAAUCUUACUCCACCGUAAUUCGGGACAACGCCCCAACGCCGGCUUUACAUGAGGAUGAUAUGGCUUUGCUGGACUGGAAGGGCAAUUUGGGCGAUUCCGCUGCGGAACAGCUCAAGCUUCGUCAAGACCGUGCAAGAGCCGAAGCAAGAGCUCUGUUGGCAGGAAAAUCCGUUCAAAAAUCCGGAGCGUCAUCCUCGGCUUCACAUCAGCAAAAGCAUUCCAAAAGGGCUUUCUCUCGUGUAUUGGACGAUCCUUUGCAGACUUGGAUGAAAAAGACAACCUAUCUCUCCAACGAUUAUUCACGCAAGGUUCAUGAUUUCAAGUCCUUGGCACAAACGAAGCAAGAUUUGGCUGUCGAUUUGCAGUUUAAGCAGGUAGAAUUGGCUAAGCGCCGGUCCAACCUGGCAAUCACACAAUCUUUUGAGACGAUCAAAAAUCCAUUGCUACAUCCAACACGCAAGAACCUUAAACCCAAGGCAAUCUGCAGCGUUUUGCCCCAUGCUGAUCAAUGGGGUAAAGCGUUUACGCAUUUGGUUAUUGACAAGGCGCCAAACCUUCUUCCACAAUACGAAAUUACCGCGUUAAAAGAUGCGAUGGUCACUAAUGUUGAGAAGAUGGAAGCCAACGCACGCAUGACAUGCCAAGUCGCAGUUCCAGCAAAAGAUCCACCCGAUGAGCUGAAACAACAUGAGAUGACACCCUACCAUGUUGUUCAGGCUUACGAUUUGGAUGUUAUUCCAUUGAAAGAAGAGGAUGCGCCUCACUCCAAUUUUUGCUUUUGGGUUGACAUCGCGACAAGUACUGCGUAUUAUGUACCCAUAUCUUCGCGUGUCCAGCUCUCGACGGGCCGACCAGGGCAAUCGAUUUUACAGUCGGUAGGUCGACGGCCGGUCAGCAAUCAGGAGCAAAUUGAGCGAGAAGAACGUAUGGCAGAGGUCGAUCAAGAUAUGGCGGAGAAGCAUCAUAUUGUAAAGAACGCCCCCCCGAAGCCACUGGCGGCUUCUGUGAACGCCAUUGUGGCACCAAAUUCCUCCGAGAAAAGAGAUUCCGAUGGCGAUGGCGAGGGCGAUUUUGGCGAUGAAGAUGAUUCGGAUUCAGAUGAUGAACAACUCUUCGGUGGUGGGACUAAGACUAUUGUUGCAGAAAGCUAG